UGGUUUAUUGACAUUGGAGCCUGGUGGUUUAUUGACAUUGGGGCCUGGUGGUUUAUUGACAUUGGAGCCUGGUGGUUUAUUGACAUUGGGGCCUGGUGGUUUAUUGACAUUGGAGCCUGGUGGUUUAUUGACAUUGGAGCCUGGUGGUUUAUUGACAUUGGAGCCUGGUGGUUUAUUGACAUUGGGGCCUGGUGGUUUAUUGACAUUGUGGGCUAG